AUGAUAGAACCUCAAUAUGCUCGCCGGCGGCCGCCCGUCGAGCCUCCAGCCAGCGCUUUAUACACACACAGCCGCACGCGGACAACGUCGUCGAACACCUUUCCGCUUCAGAAUCAGGCGCCGCAUCCCCCAGCCAACCACUAUGCGCAGGGGCAGAUGCAGGUGCAUCUCGUACAACCGCAGAUGAACCACCAGCGGCGGUCACCCAGCAUCAACACCUUCAGCACCGUUUCGAGCGGCAACACGAUGGCACCGCCCGCAGCAUACAGGACUUCACCGACGAUCGAUAUCCGGCGAUCAACAUCGAGCCGAUCCGGCGGUGCCCCUGGGUCUCCCCAACCUACCAGUUACGUGGCUCUUCUCAGGAAGCAGAAAGCUACAGUAUGGUGUGAUCGCGCGCAACCCGAGGACCCUAGGUUGUUAGCGAACAAGCGCGCUGCCAAGAUGCGGGCUAAUCUUGAGGUGGUGGGGUCGAACACAGGCUUGGGCUUCGGACAAGUUUCCAGCAAUGGACGGACGUCGACAGGCCUCAGUUCUGCGGGUGGGAAGGUGGCUGCUAAGAUUCGUCACCAUGGCAAGCCGGCUGUAGUGGGGUACUCCCCAGACAGUAAUUACGUCGGGGUGGGAGGCGUACCCCUGCGGCUCAGUGCGACAGAAGUGGAAGGCGAGGACAGCGACGAUGACGACCUGACGAUGCAGAGGUUACAACACCGCAGGACUGGCAGCUCCAGCCGGAGUAGCACCGCCAGUGGGAGGAGGGGAAUGGGCUACCGCUCUUCCGGCGGCAUCGGCCCCUCGAAUUCUUUGAGCGGGGGCAGAAGGUGGAGCCCGGGCGACACCCCGGAAAGGUCAGGUUCUCUAGUUGAGGACAAGGAGGGCGAACUGGUCCUCGCCGAGGAUGAUUCGGCCAGCGGGAAAGCGAGAAGCUUCGGCAGCGGAAGCAGCGCCGAGCGACUGGACAACGUUCCCGAUCUCGGCUCCAAUGCGUCUCGUCUGGCCGCGAAAAGCUUGUUGCAUGCCAACGUGACACGAGAGAAGAGUGUCAAGAAUUCCGACGACCUCAAAAGGCGAGGCAGUGUGGACGAACGAACAAUGACUCUUUCUUCAGCGGGCCGAUUGUAUAUCGCAAAUCCCGAUUAA